AUGACUCUGGCUGCUUACAAAGAGAAGAUGAAGGAGCUGCCUCUCGUCUCCCUCUUCUGCUCCUGUUUCCUCUCGGACCCCCUGAACAAACCGGCGUACACGUAUGAAGGGGGCUGCGGGACCCCAGGGUGGUUUGCCCGACGGGGUGGGACGCACCCGUGUCAGCGGUCAGCCCGUGCCCCUCUCCCAGCAGACACGGUAGACCUCACCUGGUGCGUCAUCUCCGACAUGGAAGUCAUCGAGCUCAACAAGCGGACCUCAGGGCAGUCCUUCGAGGUCAUCCUGAAGCCCCCAUCGUUUGAUGGCAUCCCCGAGUUCAACGCCUCCCUGCCCCGGCGGCGCGACCCGUCCCUGGAGGAGAUCCAGAAGAAGUUGGAGGCAGCAGAGGAGAGGAGGAAGUACCAAGAAGCUGAGCUGCUGAAGCAUCUGGCGGAGAAGCGGGAGCACGAGCGAGAGGUCAUCCAGAAGGCCAUCGAGGAGAACAACAACUUCAUCAAAAUGGCCAAAGAGAAGCUGGCACAGAAGAUGGAGUCCAACAAGGAGAACCGCGAGGCCCAUUUAGCGGCCAUGCUGGAGCGCUUGCAGGAGAAGGACAAACACGCGGAAGAAGUGAGGAAAAACAAGGAGCUCAAGGAAGAAGCCUCCAGGUAAAGAGGCGAUGGUUGGACUGACAGCUCCGGGGAGGUGGCGGAGGCUGCCGCAGCUCAAGGUCGGAUGGUGGAAGGGUGGACGUUCCUCUGCUUUCUUUGUUCGUGAAUGUAAAGAGUUGACCAGUGAAGCCAUCCUAUUCAUUUCGGGGAGGGUGGGGAGGGAGGAGAGAGGAGGGAGGG